AAGUCAGAGAGCCUCACCUCCAGAUCCCAUUAGUCGCCUCAUACGACAAGCAUUGUUGCCUUUUACGGCAAACAUGGGUUGCUGAAGAUAUCUUCUACCCCGGAUCUUCUAUAUGAAUCAAAAUUGGAGUAAAUUUCCCAUACUUGAUAGUUGAUACAUCUAAAGAAAUUUAAUUCACACACCAGUUCUCUCUCAGUUGCUCGAUUUUGGAAAAGCUGCUAAGAGUUCAUUCAGCUCAUCCAUGUUUACCAAUAGGAAAUGGCUAAACAUCUGAUUUUCUUAAAUAGAAAUAUAAGAAUAUUAUAUGUCAAGUUUGUGUAGCAGCAGUGAGCACUUAGCUAUUAUGGUGAUGAUGUCAAGAGGUUGAGGGGAAUAUUGCUCAAAACAUAAAAGUAACAUUUAAAUAAAGCUUUGGCCAUACACAGAUAUCAGGUCCUUUCCUUAAGUCAUACAUCUUAUCUCAUAUAUUUGCACUUGUACAUACAGGCCUUAUCUGGAGCCAUGUAGCAGAAAUAAUUUCCCAGGGAAAGUAGUUUCACGUUAAUAGCCAUAGCCACAUCCAUUGAAAAGCAGUGAGAAAAUCCCCAUAUUGACAUAAUAUUGAACAGAUCCUGUGAAGUCUGGUUACCACAAAACAGAUUUCAUUUAUUAUAUGAUGCCAAAAUAUAUGUAGAUUACAUCAUGGUAAACCAAAACUGCAAAUAAACGUUUAUCAUUAACAGAUCAGAUACAAAGGUAUAUACAUAUUACAAACACUUGUAUGCAAAAAAUAGCAGGAAAGUAUUGGGGACAAGUAAUUUUAAUUUUUAAUUUAAUUUAAAUUUAAUUUUUUUAGUCAGAAUAAAUCAAAUUUGAAACAAGGCUGUGGGUGUUUUUCUACAAUGGAUAAUGUCCUGAAAAAUCUGUACUGAAGUAUCUUCAUCAAAGUUUUACCAUAAAUUUGAAUUUUGAUUAAAUAAAUGACAUUCUAAAUUGUCUUGGAUUAUAUAUUUAGCAUCAUACCUUUGAAAUAGUACAUUUAAAAAAAAUUAAUUCCGUAUUUCAUCAAAAAUGUACAUCAUAAAUUACUUAACUAGAUAAGACUACCAUACCCCCCCAAAAAAACAAAACAAAACAAAACAAAACAAAAAAACAACAACACACACACACACACACCCUCUAAAAAUCCAUUCUGAAAUAGCCAUAUCUCAAAACCUCAAUCGAUCGAUACAGAUACCAUACAUCGGUAUAAGAUUUCUGAUCGAUUAUAGGCAUAUGUCUAUGUAAGGUAUCCAGCAGAUCUUGAUAAAAUUGCCCACACCUGUAAUGCGCAGUGAUCCGUUUACUAAAAGAGCUGUCCUUUCAUUUCGCCCAUUAUCCAGAAAAAGUUCAAAAUUCGCAAGUAACUAUGACAUUAAAAAACAUAUUUUUAUUUUUUUUAUUUCAACCUUUUGGUGAUCGAAAACCAAACUCGGCAGUGAAGCUCCGUUCAUCGAUCAGUAGGAAACAUUAGCUGGAUCGCAUGACAUGCACACGCAAUGCUGAAAGUUUCCGAAAGCCUCGUUAUGAAUUUCAUGUUCACUGCUUUUUGCGCUGACAGCAAUCACAAAAUUGACUUGUAAAUUCGAGUUUGUAAUUAAUUUCCUAACCUCAUCCAUCCCCACACUUAACAAAUACGCCUGUGACAAUGACAAAUAAAGCAAUGUUCAUUCAAAAAUACUAAUGUAAGUAAAAGUUUGGCUAUUUAUUUGCUUGCCGCUGUAAUACUCUCUCACCCCGAGAUUGCGACUCGUUGGUUGAACAUCGCUGAAUCUACAUGGAAAUAAAACAUAUCUUGUCAUGUUUUGUAUUUGCCCUUGUCCCCGCGUUUUGCUAGAAAUAUGUAUAUGGUGUUUAAAAAAUAUAAAUAGAGAAUUUAGUGAGGAUGCAGUGUCACGACAUAUUCUACGGAUUUUGACACUGACGUAGAAUUGACAGGAGUGUGUUUCUCGAACCUCCAAAACACAUAGGCCUAGAUUUCUCUACUCAUGUUGACACUUAUGAAUGUACACUGUUUCUCGUUUCAAUUGUAAGGUUUGAAAAUGAAAUAAACACCUCGUAAAUACAGUAAUGAAGUAAACACUUACCGCAAAAUAGAUUUUCCCUCAGCCCUCCGCGCAUCACGUCUGCUUGAAAAGACGCGCGUGAGUAACAGCACCCUCUAUAACAAGAGUAGCUUCCCUUGGAAACAUGUUGUGAAAACGUUGGACCAACGUAACAUAACCGCUCGCGAUAUUCCAAACUUUUGCCAAUAUCAUGUAAUUUGCUGAAUGAAUUGUAAGAUGUGACGAAUCCCGUCUGUAUCUUCUCAGCUGGACAGUCAGCAUGUUGUUUCUGGCCACUGUACACUACUCAAACUCAGCUGAACAUGCAGCAUGUUGUUUCUGGCCACUGUACACUGCUCAAACUCAGCUGGAUCGACAGUCAGAAUGUUGUUUCUGGCCACUGUACACUGCUCAAACUCAGCUGGACAGUCAGAAUGUUGUUUCUGGCUACUAUACACUGCUCAAACUCAGCUGGAUAGUCAGAAUGUUGUUUCUGGCCACUAUACACUGCUCAAACUCAGCUGGACAGUCAGAAUGUUGUUUACAGACACUUUUCACUGCUGAAAUUCAGCUGCACAUACAGUCAUUUCUCAAGCUAUCCAUUCAAACAUUUCUCCAUGUCAGUCGUCAUGUUUAUGCAGGUUCCGACACAGCCACUAAUAACCACUUGUUUGAAGCAGUGCUAAGUUGUAAGUACAAAAGUGCAGUCCUCCCAGAAUGUAGCAGGCAUGCCAUGACCAACUGUUCCAAUAUUACUGUGGGGAGUUUGAUUAACUUAAUUUGUGUCUACCCCUGUUAUGGGGAUGAACAACAUAGCAUAAUCUCAGUUAAAUAUCAAAGAGUUCCCAACUGUAGAAGUUGCAUGUUUAGUCCCUGGACAAAAUGAGCAGUGAUGACACUCCUGGACAUGAACCAGACCAGUCAGGCGGCCCACACUACCGGAUUGUCGACAGAGGGAUAAAUACAACUGUGCAAAUUGGAGACGACAACCUCCUCGUCAGAAUGGAGUUACCAGCCGAUCUGCCAGCAUCAGAGAUACCAACUGUUCACAUCUUUAACAACGAAUCUGAAACAGCAGAAGGGCAGGUUCAAAACACUGCUCCAAGUAAAUAUGAACUGCACAUGCUGGGGGAGAAUGGCAAGGCUCAAACAGGCAGCAGUAAUCGAACUGUUUCAGUGACCACCAAAAGAAAAGGAGCAAGAAUAGAGAGGUCUACCAGUCAGCCACGGACCAGUCUGCCACAGACUGUGGAGGCAGUUCAGGAGCAGGAACCAACAGAUAAAUCUGGGAGUGAUUUGUAUGAAGCAAUACCAUUGAAAACAGAAGGAUCUUAUACGACCAACAGUACUUUAGAUCUGAAUGAACAAACCUACAGGAAACAGAUUGCCAGUCCAGAAGAUGGAACAGGGGAAGAUGAUGGGGAACUGGCAGCCAAUGUAGCUGAGCACACAAGAGAAAGUGUUUCUUGGCACAAAUACAAAAAACAGAAUCCACAAAAUACCUCACAAACCAACAUGUCCGAUUCUCACCACAAGUCAAAGAAGCAGGAUGAGGAUACCUCUGGCCAUUUUGUGACUAAAUCUUCAAAGAUGAAAGAUAGUUCUACACAAACAGAGGGUUAUUUUGGUGUCGGUGAGAGUGGAAUAUAUUUCCAAGAGGUCCAUGGACCCUAUAUCCAGUGCGGUCCAAACAACAGUAUUGUCAACAUAGAAGUAAACAAGGACUUCUUAUCAACUGUAAAGGAGGCUGGUGUUCUAACAGUGAGAGAUGCCACUAAACCACUGCUCAGCUGCACAUGGAAGGGAAAUGACGAAAAGGGGAAUGAGGCAGUUAAGGCUGUGAAAUCAUUGUGGACACUACAGUUGAAGGAACUGUUUGAGAGCAUGUAUGGACAAGUACUGUCACAUUUUUCACACAACCUCUUUUCGCCUCUCAGGGAAUUAAUUGUGGAUAUUUUCAAAAAGUAUGACGCCAAACUGACUGGAAUCUUCAGUGGCUCUCUUCUGUUUGUGUUCUGGCAUGCUGAUGAAGAGUCAGCACAGAGCAUGGUUGCUGGCAAGGAGGUGGUGCGGGAGAUGUUCCAUCAGCUGCUGUUGGGUAUGGGCAAGGGGGAAAUAGAGUUCACGCUUGAUGCAGCUGUAGAUACGAGUGACAGUAUGGAGGCUGCAGCAAGUGGCAAAGUAGGUGGUGGUGAAGAGGUUGAUGCUGAUCCUCUGGCAAGUCUCCCUCUCGACUUUGAUCCUCUGAUAAAGACGUUGAAGUCAAGCAUCCAACAAAAAGCAGAUAAGGAUGCAUCCAAGAGGGCGAAAGAAUUGAAGGAGAUAGAAAAACGCUUGCAGUCAAUGGAAACCGGCUUUAAACGGCUGCAACACAAUAUGAACGAACAAUUGGACAGUUUUCGUGGUGAUACGGAGAAAGGCAGGAAGGAGAUCCGCGAGUUCACACAAACAGUGCUAGAGACUGUACAGAAGAAGGAGCAAGAGCAGCCGUCAACAACUGGGCAUAUGCAAUCCUCUUCACCUUUAGAGAUCUCACAAUUUCUAAGCAUGAAGGGAAAUGAUUGGAGCAGUUCAGCAGGAAUUCAUCCCCAAGUACAGACUGAGGGGAUGGCAUAUGUAGUGGAAACAAUGAGAAGUGAUCCUUCAUUCACAACUAAGUCAACUGAUAAACCAACACCUGCAACUGAACGCAAUGAAUCCCCAAGUGCAGCGUCCCCAGAAAUUGCUGAGGAAAUACUGAAGCCCCAAGGUAAAGAGGAACAUGUACCAAGACAUGGUUCAACUGCAGAAUCCUCGGGAGGGGACACACACACCAAUUCUUCCAGGGUUGAACAACCAAGUAUUGAAGAAGAAAUAGCAUCUGUGGACAAGAGCAUUCCUUCAAAACAAGUGUACGAAGAGGCUGAGCAGCUUCUGAGCUCCAUGAAUGUAGCAAGUGUUGGACGGAGCAUCUCCAGUACAGAAGUCCGGCGCCUCACUGAAUCUGUUGCCAAAGCCCUUGUUGAUGAUAAUCCACCACCACCAAGAGCAAAGAGUAUGGACACUCUGUUAUGUCUGGAUGUGUCAGACAGCAUUGGUCUGUCAGGUUUGGAGGAAGUCAAGCAGAUUGCCAACGACUUUGUAGAUGGAAUUGAGGACAUAGCUGAGCAGCACGGACUGGAGGAGAAUGUGGGCGUGGUGUCACUGGGAGGAGGAGCCAAGGUCGUCCAGCAGCUCACCAAUGACUAUGGAGCUGUCAGAGAUGCUAUAGAUGAUUUAGUGUGUCAUGGAAGAAGUCCAAUGUUUGAAGCCCUCAUGGUAUGUGUUGCAGCCAUAAAAGGACGAGGAGGUGUACUCAGUGUUGGAGGUGCCCACAAGAUACGCCCAAGGAUAAUCUUCAUCACAGAUGGACUGGCUUCUAAUGAAAGUAGUGAAACCGGACCUGACACUCCCUCGACAGAUCAUAAUACUAAAAUCCAAUUGAUUCGAUUGGUAAGUGAGAUGACACCAAAGAAGCACAGUUCAACACCACAUCCUGUCAUAUGGAUUCCCGUUGGAGAAGCUGACAGAGCAUUCCUUACAUCCCUAUCAAAACUUGGCGAUGGAAAUAUCAUUGAGAGCAAAGACGUCCCCACUCUGUGUACCUACUACAGAGUACAGGAAAAUAUUGGCCGAAUCUUCAUGUGUGUAAAGAACAACAGUGGUGACUGGAGUAAUCUGAAUGAAGCCAUCGAGGCAGUGGCAGAGGCCUUCAUUGGAAACAUGAAGCCAGAGGAGAAGAAUGCGAUUAUCCAGGAGGUAAAGGUGAAGCUGGAAAGAAAUGAUACCAAUGAUGUUGAUGAUGACCCUGAUGGUUAUGACAAGAUUAAAGAGCUCAAGGACUUGCCUCCCCUUGGGUCAAGGGUCAUCAGAGGUCCUGACUGGAAAUACCAGGACCAGGAUGUAGGUGGACCAGGAACAGUUAUCAAUCAUGCUGAUGAUCACAAGCUUGUUUGGGUUCUGUGGGACUUGAACGACAAAUUGUGUCGCUACAGAUUUGGCUUUGAAAACAAGUAUGACAUCAAUGUAGUGGAAGACAAACCAAGGACACUGAAGGAGGAUGAACUGAUUGAGGUUGGGUGUAGGGUUAAAAGAGGUGCUGACUGGCCAUAUCAGAAUGAGGAUGGUGGUCCCGGUAAGACUGGUGUGGUCAUCAGAAAAAGGAAAGACAAUAGUGUAAAAGUGAGAUGGGAGAACGGCACAAUUCAGCCUUGCAGAUACAUCACUCAGGAAGGAAAGUUUGAACUGGAGAUAUGUUCGUCUGACGAUCCAUCAGGUACCAGUGGCCAGAGUGGAUUGUCAACAAGUGGUAUUCCUCUACAGGAUGAUCAGGAAGAGCCUGACAUGCCGACCCCAGAGAAGCCUCACAUGUUGUGGCAGUGGCACGAUGACCCCGGCCAGUGGAGGCUGUAUAAUAGGGAGGAUAAUGACAAACUCACCAGGGAGUUCACUCGAAAACCCGCUGGGUCUUGUAUAUUACAGAAGAAUGGGAGAAGUUUCCGUGUCUUGUUCGGACUGAUGCAGGAGAAGGAUGUGGAUUCUGGUAUCAGGCAUGAUGUCAAACGCCUCGUUGUCAGUGAUGAGGAGAGGGAUGAAUACAUCGCUAAGGAGAUCUCAAUGAAUGAUGGACAUUUCUGGACAUAAGGAUGAUGUUCAUAUGGCUUGUUACAAAAGUGGGGCUACUCUCCCUGCUGUGUGCUCCCAGCUGGACUGUCAUGAGUAAAACGGACUGUCAGUGUAUCGGUCAUUGGAGUCAACAUCAUAGUUUCAACUCAGUUCCAGAUCUGUUUGCUCUGGUUGAAACUGUUUGUAUUACACAGUAUGUUAAAAGCUUGAGAGAUUGACUGGGAAAUGAGUUUCAUAGCCACAUGACACUGUAGGGUGGGUGAAAUGGGGUUAAACGUCACGUCCAAGAAUAUUGGACUUAUAUAGCGAUGUAUUAACUCAUUGUAAUAGUGGCAAUACAGUUUUAUUAAUAACACUUGAUUGAGAAUUGCUGCUUGCGAAAAGACUAAAUUUUUGUGAACAUGAUCAUUUUCUAUUUUUUCCUAUUUUCAUUUUCACUUUUGUGCUUUUGCAGAGAUACAUUAAGAAGGAUAGCAUCAUAGAUUUAAUGUUCUGAACAUCCUCUUAGUGCAAAAGUAUUUUUGUAUCAUGUCACAUAUGGUUUGGCAUAGUUUUACCCGAAGGAUACAUAAUAAACUCUUAAUGAAAAUGUUGAAAGGUUAUACAGAACAAGAAUGCAAUAAGAAGAAGACAUGUUAAGAUUUUUGCAAAGUGUAAAAUUAGUCUUGAAAAGAGGUUUAUGAUCACGGUUAUGAAUAUGUCACAACAUAUUAGGGUUCUCAUCAACAUGUUAUAACCCCCUAAAUGUAGAUAUGAUUUUGGUAAGUAUACAACUGACAUGGCAACAUGUCAAGCCAAAGCCCAUCAGUCAGAACACUGUUUCACAUGGCUUAUUGUUGCAAGAGCGACAUUUGAACCAAAAUAGUGAUCCUCACUAUGCCACCACACUGCAGGGGAUUAACAGUUACUGUGCUCAUACAAGCACAGGGGUUAUGCCAAAAGUGCUCACAGUGGAAUAUAUCAUGGUAUAUGUAUUCUAAUUUGGUAUUUCACGGACCAUAACCUUUCAAUUAUAUAUUGGCGAAAAUUGCACUAAGCUCACUGAACAAUAAUUAUUGUCUCUGAAGGAUGUUACAAUAUUGUUCAUUGUGUUGACAGUUGCAGAACAAUUCUUGGUUGAACAUCUCCAGUGUUACUGUUUGAUUUUUAUCUCUAAAGACAAGGUUCUGGCCUCCAACAUGGUUGGUGAUAAAGCGUGUUUCAAUCUGCGCUUUUGUUAACUGUCAGAAGUAAAUCCUUGUUAGUGUAAAGAAUGGAAAUACAAUGCUCUUCCAGAGAACGAGCACUGAACUUUAAAACCUCUCAGUUGAUGGACCCAUUAUUUGUGAUCAAACUAACUUUAAGUAUAUAUGUCUAUUUUGAUAUGCAUGAAUUCUUGAAAGAGAAUAUAUUAUAUUGGGAAAGGCCCUAUUUACAAUGGCAACUCUUUGACAUCCUGAGGAAGUGUCACUGCAGAUGUGGAAAGAGUGUCAA